GUUACUGGAGCGAGCGCCCGGGAGCCCGCCGGGCUGCGGCGGACGCCAGCCGCGGGCAGCAGCCGCCGCGGCUCGGGUGACGUCACCGGCAGACGCCAGCCCCUCCCCCUUCGCCCCGGCCCGGGCUGCGCACGUGGGCCUGGGACGUCAAUUUUGCAGGGCAGCCUCCGGGAAGCGGCGACCGGCUCAGGCAACGCUGAGCUUGUUAAGGAAGAGCAAAGGGCCAACUGGUAUUUGUUCCAUCAAAGGCAAGAGGAAUCAGAACUGGAGGGGAAAGCUACAGAGAGCAGACAGGCAGAAGAACAGCUCACAAGGACCACAUGUGGCUUGUCCCCAUUGGUUAGGAGAGGAAGGAUGAUCACGUGAUUAAGAUGUUGGAGUGAGUUCAGAAGUUCUUGGGUCAAGUCCUGACUCAGCCACAGACUUCCUGUGUGACCUCUGGUAGGAAUAUGAGUCCCAAGAUUACUACAGAGCUGCUCAGGCAGCUGCGACAGGUGAUGAAGACCUCCAAGUAUGUCACAGAGCCCAUCCAAGCCUAUAUCGUGCCAUCUGGAGAUGCACACCAGAGUGAGUACAUCGCGCCCUGUGAUUGCAGACGGGCAUUCAUCUCUGGAUUUGAUGGCUCUGCAGGUACUGCCAUUAUAACCGAGCAGAAAGCAGCUAUGUGGACGGAUGGACGCUACUUCCUGCAGGCUGCACAGCAAAUGGAUAGCAACUGGACGCUCAUGAAAAUGGGUCUGAAGGAUACACCAACUCAGGAGGACUGGCUAGUGAGUGUGCUCCCAGAGGGCUCGAAAGUUGGAGUGGACCCUUUCAUUAUUCCAGCUGAUCAAUGGAAGAGGAUGUCUAAAGCUCUGAAAAGUGCCGGCCAUGUUCUCGUGCCAGUCAAAGAGAACUUGAUCGAUGCAAUCUGGGUAGAUCGCCCCCAGCGACCCUGCAAACCUCUAAUGACCCUGGACCUGAGUUACACAGGGAUUGGCUGGAAAGAGAAGAUUGCAGCUCUGCGUGCAAAAAUGGUUGAGAGAAAAGUCCUCUGGUUUGUGGUUACAGCCCUGGAUGAAGUAGCUUGGCUGUUGAACCUCCGAGGCUCAGACGUUGAAUACAAUCCAGUAUUUUUUGCUUACGCUGUCAUAGGAACCGACACAAUCAGGCUGUUUAUCAGUGGCGACCGCAUGGCAGACCCGUCCACGAGGGAACAUCUGCUGCUUGAUUCUGCCCUAGAGGCUGAGUUUAAAAUCCAGGUGGUGCCGUAUGAAUCUGUCCUGACGGAGCUGCAGGCCAUCUGUGUGGGUCUCUCCCCCAAGGAGAAAGUAUGGCUCAGUGACAAAGCCAGCUAUGCCCUGACGGAGGCCGUCCCCAAGGCUCACCGCUACCUCACCCCGUAUACGCCCAUAUGCAUCGCGAAAGCCGUGAAGAACACAGCCGAAGCAGAAGGCAUGAGACGAGCACAUAUUAAAGAUGCUGUCGCUCUGUGUGAGUUCUUUAAUUGGCUAGAGAAAGAGGUUAUGAAGGGAUCUGUUACUGAAAUAUCAGCUGCGGACAAAGCAGAGGAGUUUCGCAGCCAACAGAACGGUUUUGUCGACUUGAGCUUUGCUACGAUUUCGAGCACGGGUCCAAACGGCGCCAUCAUUCACUACAAGCCGGUUCCUGAGACCAACAGGGCUUUGUCUGGGAAUGAGAUCUACCUCCUGGAUUCUGGCGCUCAGUACAAGGAUGGUACGACGGAUGUGACUCGGACAAUGCAUUUCGGCACCCCGUCGGCUUACGAAAAGGAAUGCUUCACCUACGUCCUGAAAGGUCAUAUCGCUGUGAGUGCAGCCGUCUUCCCUAACGGAACCAAAGGUCACCUUCUGGAUUCCUUUGCCCGCUCUGCAUUGUGGGACUGUGGUUUGGAUUAUCUUCAUGGCACAGGACAUGGAGUUGGGUGUUUCCUGAAUGUGCACGAGGGUCCAUGUGGCAUCAGCUACAAAACCUUUGCUGAUGAACCCCUGGAAGCCGGCAUGAUCGUUUCUGAUGAGCCUGGGUAUUAUGAAGAUGAGUCUUUUGGGAUCCGCAUAGAAAAUGUGGUACUCGUGAUCCCUGCCAAAACCAAGUACAACUUCAGUAACAGAGGGAGCCUGACUUUUGAGCCACUAACCCUGGUUCCGAUCCAGACUAAAAUGAUCAGUGUCCCUUUACUGACACAAAAAGAGUGCGACUGGGUGAACGAUUACCACCGGAAAUGCAGGGAGGUGAUUGGGGCAGAACUGAAGAGCCAAGGACGAUAUGAGGCUCUCCAAUGGCUCAUCAGGGAGACGGAGCCCAUCACAAAAAUGCAUUAAAACCAACUUUUUUUAAAAAUAACUUUUUACAUGGUGACAGUUAGAAUCAUUCAACCUUAAAAUCCUCUAUUCCCUCACCCCUCGUUUUGAAAAAUGAAUGUGGAUUGAGGAAGAGCCUUUGAGAACCAUUUGGAAAUAGGGGAGGGAAGGGGGCUUUUUGUUUAGCUUUUGUUUUCCUUUGUGGGGGGACAGGAGCAUUCUGUCUGUGAACAAGUUUUCUGAUAAUGAGCAAAUCUCAAAAGUGAAGUCUUCUGCUUUUGCAAUCUGGGCCUUGCUGAAACAAUCAUUCGAGGAGACAAUAACUGGAAUGUUUUAUACAUUUUGAUUUAUCACUGUGAAAACCCAGUGGUUUUACAUUCUUGGGUUCCAGUUGCCUAUACACUGCUGAUGUUAACUGUUAUACUGAUGAGCCUGUAUUUCUGAUCAGCUAAUAAAAGCUUCAGAGCCCUGA